AUGCAGCUCACCACUCUCAUCCCCCUUCUCACCCUCCUUGCCACGCCUGUCCUUUCAUCCUCCUCUCACUCCUCCCCUCUGGAACGACGCAAUGCCCACGCCAAGCUCAUCGCGAGGGAAGAAUCGGCAGCUCUCCACGCCAGAGCAGCUGAACGAAUCGCAUCCCAAGUCGCCAAACGAGAGGCACCCGUCGCUCUGAAGGAAAAACCACGUAAAAUCAAGAGAGGAGGUGCAUCAGGUUGCAGAGUCAGAGGAGCGAGCUUUUCGCCUUCCGCCGCUAGCUCGACAUCAUCUACCGCCGCCGCAGCGACGACCAGUGCGACCACGACGACUCAGGCUCCUGCUUCGACCACCGCCACUACGACCGCACCUACCGAGCAGGCGGAUGUAGAGUCUCAAGCCAGUGCGAGUGCCUCCCCUUCGACUAACAACCUGGCGGCGAACGCACAGAUCUCGGUGAGUUUGACCCCUCUAGCGAACCGAGCGAAUAUCGGUGGCGGCAGCAACAACAACGGUGGUGGUGGAUCGUCCAACGUAGCACUCACUCCCAACGGUAUCAAAGCUGGUCUCUCUGGAACCGACACCAUCCCCUUCUUUGGCAACCACGUCUCUUGGUUCUGGAAUUAUGGCCCUGACCCCGAUACCAAUUCCAACCUCGUGUUCAUGCCUACCUUGUGGGGUAACGGAAACCAAGGCGGACAAGACUGGACUCGAUUGCAAGAAUUUCAACAGAUCAACUGGAACCCACAAUAUGUUCAAGGAUUCUAUGAACCUGAUUGUUCACCUCCCAUGUCAUCUUCCAUCGACCCCGUCACGGCCGCUUGGCAAUGGAACCUUUGGGUCGUCCCUUGGAGAGCGAAGGGCGCUCUUUUGGUCUCACCUGGAAUGUGUAAACAAUUCAACGAAGAUUGGUUGACACCUUUCCUAAACGCCGGUGCGGCCCAAUGGGAUAUCACGUCGAUUCACAUCAACAAACUGGACUUGGCCGGCGCUCAGGCUGACGUGGAUUAUUACUGGAACACGUAUGGCAAGCCGAUUUGGGUCACAGAGUUUGCCUGCGUCGACGACCAAAACGGUUUCGUCCCAUCCACUGACCAAGGUCAAAUCAACCAAUACAUCAACGACCUCGUCAACUUUUUCGAAGGCGACAGCCGUAUUGCCGCGUACUCCAUGUCCGAAGGUAUGGGUCUCGGUGACGUCUGGCCACCCUAUGCGAAUGGGCAGUUGACCGAAUCGGGUCAAACUUACCUCAAUGCCGUCUCGCAAUACCACUAG